AUGGCGGUUCCGACCGCACUCAGGAAAAACAAACAGCAACAGUUAAGUUUCCCCAGAGUCCUAUCUGCCUUUUACAUGGUUGGAAUACCAGACUCAGUAAACGUGAGCCCUUCCAAACAUUUCUUCAGGACCUCUGCCAGCCCCAUUAUGCAACCCCAAUCGCAGCAGACACAAAGCCCCCCUACUUGCCCAGAGCCCGAAUCUCCCCCCAUCCCACCUCCCUCCCUCGGCUUUGAUCAGACUAGAAGACAACAGCAAGCGAAGACACACCGUCCCGGCUGCAGCUCACGCUCAGGCAGCGCGACAGCUCCUGGCAGGUUGCUUUCUCCGUUUCCUUUUCCAGUGCUCCAGGAGGCGAGCGUGGGGGUGUGUGGAACGCGACUGUUCCUGUGGGGACCAUGUGAGGACGAUCUUUAUUUCGGAGGCGAGGACAGAGCGGAGGGAAUCAGGAGCCCUGUGCUGGUCUGGCUUCAAUUAAAGAUCCUGGGAAGACUGCAGAGUGGAGCCUGGGAGCCUCGCAGCCGGGACCUGGCUAUGCGGCUGAGCUGCGGCUGUCUCCUGGUCCUCUUUGUGCAGAUCCCCUCCUUCUGCCUGGUCGGGAGCCAGGAUGACGAGGACGUGGCGCCAUCCCCCCGGCUCGGCGGGGGGGCCCUGCCCCCGAAGAACACCCCGGGCUGCCCGGCCAACUGCAGCUGCCCCUCAGAGGAGACGGUGGAGUGUGGUGGGCUCGACCUGCACGUCUUCCCCAGCAACGUCUCCAGAGCCGUCCAGCAUCUUUCUCUGCAGAAUAACCAGCUACGGGAGCUGCCCUACGACGAGCUGGCCCCGCUGACCAGCCUGAAAACCCUCAACCUGCACAACAACCACAUCAUCUCCGAUGGCCUCCCGGAUGAAGCCUUUGAGUCCCUGGACUCGCUGCAGUACAUCUACCUGGCCAACAACAAGCUCACGGUAGCACCGCAGAUCCUCCCCAGCACAGUGCGCAUAGUGGACCUGGCUGCCAACCUGCUCACCGAAGUCUACCCGCUCACCUUUGGGCAGAAAGCCAACCUCAGCUCUGUUUUGCUUCCCUCUCCUCCAUGCAGGUCCGUGUAUCUUCACAACAACCAGCUGACCAACACCGGGCUCCCCUAUGACGCCUUCAACGGCUCUGACACCGUCAGCACCAUGAUCCUCUCCAGCAACCAGCUCAGCUACCUGCCCCAGAACCUGCCCCCUGCGCUCGUCCGGCUCCACUUACAGAACAACCGCAUCGCCCGGAUCCCCAGAGGGGCGCUGAGCAGCCACUGGAAGCUCCGAGAGCUCUACCUGCAGAACAACAACCUGUCCAACCAGGGCAUGGACCCUUCCACCUUCAGCAAGCUGAAGAGCCUGGAGUACCUGGAUCUGUCUAACAACAACCUGACCGAGAUCCCGGCUGGCUUCCCCCCGAACAUCAUGAUCCUGCACCUGGGCAAGAACCGCAUCGGCUCGCUGCCACGGGACAGCCUGAGCCGGGUGCGCGGCCUGCAGUACCUGCUGCUGCAGAACAACCGCCUGACGGCCGCCGGCGUCCACCCCGACGCCUUCCUCAAGCUGCGCAACCUGCACACCCUGCACCUCUACAACAACCGGCUGGAGCGGGUGCCCCCGGGGCUGCCCCGCCGGGUGCGCUCCCUCAUGAUCCUGCACAACCAGAUCACUCACAUCGGCCUGCACGACUUCGCCAACACCUACCUGCUGGCCGAGCUCAACCUGAGCUACAAUCGCCUCUACAGCGCCAAGAUCCACCGGCUGGCCUUCCGCAAGCUGCGCCGGCUCGAGAACCUGGACCUCUCGGGCAACCAGCUCACCCUCCUGCCCACCGGCCUCCCACCCAGCCUCGAGGUGCUCAAGCUGCACAAGAACCAGAUCAACUCCCUCUCGCCCGAGCUGCUGGCCAACCUGACCGGCCUCAAGGAGCUGCACCUGGCCCACAACAGGCUGCGCAUCGGCUCCAUCACCCCUGGCACGUGGCAGGAGCUGCAGGGGCUCAAGCUCCUGGAUCUCAGCAACAACGAAUUGUCCUACAUCCCCCCGGACUUGCCGGAGUCCCUCGAGUACCUGUAUCUCCAGCAUAACCGCAUUGCCGUCAUUGGGGCCGAAGCCUUCCACACCAUCCCCGACAUCCGAGCCAUCGUCCUCAGAUCCAACCGCCUGCUGGCAGCCAGCGUGUCUGACCAAGCCUUCGUGGCCCUGACGCAGCUGGAGGUUGUGGACACUACGGGGAACCCAGAACCCAUCAGUAUCAAGAUGCCACGAGCCGGGCGCUGGCUCAGAUCUCACCCAGGCCCCUAA